AUGAAUAAUUUAACUGACUUAACAUCAGCCACGGUAAUAGUGAAACUGAAGCGUCACUUUGCUACCCAUGGUACACCGCGGAUUCUCAUAAGUCACAAUGGAGGUCAGUAUUCAGGUCAACAAUUCAAACAGUUCGCAUUAGAAUGGAACUUUGUGCACAUCACGAGUAGUCCUGAACAUGCCCAAUCAAAUGGCCUUGCAGAGAAUGCGGUAAAGCAGGCAAAGAUUUUGUUAGAAAAGACACGAAGAGAUGGAUCAGAUAUCUAUCAAAAUCUUCUGAACUUACGCAAUGUGCCAAGAGAUAAUGUUCUCAAAUCACUGGCACAAAGACUACUAUCACGAACAACUAGAAAUCCUCUAUACACAAACAAAUUCUUACUGACACCAAAACCAAUCAAUACAAAAGUUGUAAGAAAUCAAUUAGAAAUGAUGAGAAACUAA